CUCGAUCUUCAUUGGAUCGGCGAGUUUUUCAACAAAGGCUUUUGGGUAGAACUUAUCGAGGCAUGGCGAUCGAACCUUUGCUUCUCUUCGGUUCUUCGUCGCGAUUUUCUUGUUCUCAUCUCCUGGUUAUCGGGGCAUUCUCGGCUUUCGACCUCUGUUUCUCUCUAUUCUUUUCAGAUUGGUGAAGGCUUGUCUACGGAUCUGUGGAGCUUUAAUGGAGCUGUUGAUCGUUUUUUAACUGCUUAUCGUCUUCAAACUCUGGUAAUCGGUGGAUUUCCAGUUCGUCGAAGAAUGUGCGGUGGUCCGGAACACUUAAAAUCUACGUCGUCUCCAUCUCCAUCUCCAUCUCCAUCUCCAUCUCCAUCGUCUUCUGAAGAAACCAAAUCCACAACUAAAGAUAUGAAUCACUUGACUAUUGAAACUGAUGAUUCUUUCGCCAGCGUACUCGAGCUUGCCGCUAACAAUGACCUUGGAGGUUUCACACGCUCAAUCGAGCGCGACGCCUCUGCCAUUGAUGAGAUUGGUCUCUGGUAUGGCCGCCAGAAGGGCUCAAAACAGAUGGUCCUUGAGGAUAGAACCCCUUUAAUGGUUGCUGCCACCUAUGGUAGCGUUGAUGUCCUGAAGCUCAUCCUCUCUUUAUCUGAGGCUGAUGUAAAUCGGUCUUGCGGCCCAGAUAGGACUACUGCCCUCCACUGUGCUGCUUCUGGUGGAUCAGUAAAUGGUGUUGAUAUUGUGAAGUUACUGUUAAUGGCGGGUGCUGAUCCCUACUGUGUUGAUGCUAAUGGUCGCCGGCCAGCUGAUGUUAUUGUUGUAUCUCCAAAGAUACCCAACUUGAAGGGUGAACUGGAAGAGCUCCUCUCGAGCAACAUUUCUGAUGAUUCUGUUGCCGUGCGCAACCUUCGAGUGUCCACAGAUGCUACUAAUUCGAAUUCUCCUCCACUCUCGUCGUCCCCAGAGAAUGGAUCGCCAUCUUCUGCAUCGGAUUCGACAUCUUCUCCUAUGACUUUGAAGUUCAGUGAUCUCCCUGUAUCUUUGGUAUCCGAGAAGAAAGAGUAUCCGAUUGAUCCAUCUCUCCCGGAUAUCAAGAACAGCAUUUAUGCAACUGAUGAGUUCCGCAUGUUCUCGUUCAAGGUCCGACCUUGUUCCCGAGCCUACUCCCACGACUGGACCGAGUGCCCCUUUGUUCACCCAGGUGAGAACGCUCGCAGAAGAGACCCAAGGAAGUACCACUACAGCUGUGUUCCAUGCCCUGAUUUUCGCAAGGGUGCAUGCAGACGAGGAGAUUUGUGUGAAUAUGCUCAUGGCGUGUUUGAAUGCUGGCUCCAUCCUGCGCAGUACAGGACUCGCCUCUGCAAGGACGGAACAAGUUGCAUGCGAAGGGUCUGCUUCUUUGCCCACACAUCUGAAGAGCUCCGUCCCUUGUAUGUAUCCACUGGCUCUGCUGUCCCAUCUCCUCGCUCAAGUGCUUCUGCUGCUACAGCCAUGGAUAUGGCUGCAGCCAUGAGUCUUCUGCCUGGUUCUCCUUCAUCUGUCUCUGUCAUGUCACCCUCUCCAUUUACACCACCCAUGUCACCAUCCGCUAAUGGAAUUUCUCACUCUUUGGCGUGGCCACAGCCGAAUGUUCCCACCUUGCAUCUUCCUGGAAGCAAUCUUCAAUCCAGUCGUUUGAGAUCAUCUUUUAAUGCAAGAGACAUUCUUUCUGAGGACUUCAAUAUGUUGGCUGAUUUUGAUGCCCAGCAGCAGCAGCAGCUCCUCAAUGACCUGUCUUGCUACUCGCAAACCCGUCUUGGUUCGAUCUCUGUGAACAGAUCGGGGCGACCAAAGGCCCUAACCCCAUCGAACCUUGAAGAGCUUUUUACUGCAGAAGUUUCUUCCUCUCCUAGGUACUCUGAUCAGGCUUCUUCUGGUGUCUUCUCUCCCUCGCACAAGUCGGCCGUUCUCAAUCAGUUCCAGCAACAGCAAAGCAUGUUGGCACCCAUCAACACAAAUAUGUUCUCUCCCAAGAAUGUCGAUCAUCCUCUCCUGCAAGCUUCCUUCGGUGUUCCUUCUCCCGGAAGGAUGUCACCCCGGAGCAUGGAGCCACACUCUCCGAUGAGCUCCCGGAUUUCUGCCUUUGCUCAGCGUGAGAAGCAGCAACAGCAGCUUCGCAGCCUCAGCUCACGUGAUCUUGGAUCCAGUCCUGGCGGAAUUGUUGGGUCCCCUGUAAAUUCUUUGUUGAAAUGGGGAUCCCCAAAUGGAAAAUUAGAUUGGGCCGUUCAUGGAGACGAACUGGGUCGCUUCCAGAGGUCAUCUUCCUUCGAGCUUGGGAACAAUGGUGAGGAACCUGACUUCUCAUGGGUUCAGUCUCUGGUGAAGGAAUCACCGCCGGAAAUCAAAGACAAGUUAGCUGUUCCGACCUCUGUAGGUGCCCCGUCCGGUGAGGGUUCAAAUUCGAAUUCUCAUUUGGAUGCCAUUGAUCAUUCAGUUUUGGGAGCUUGGCUGGAGCAGAUGCAGCUUGAUCAGCUCGUGGCUCAGUAAAA